AGCGGCAUGGAUUAGAUCCUGUAGGGGGGAAAUGUUUUUAUUACCAUUUAUGCGUCGAAAACGUAAUGAAGGUCUGCUUUCACCCUACCCCUCUUCGCUUCUGUCUAUCCUCCCCUAUCCUCCCUCUUGCUGUUCAGUUACUGCCCUAACUGUCCGGUGGAAGGACCGCACGGCAGUGGAGGUUGCUAUGCUCGCCGGCCGGUUAUCCAAGAACUUCGAUCUGAGUAUCUUACGUCGGCACGCUUUUUCGCUGCGAAUCGGCGCCCUACAGCGUCAUAUCGACGCUUCUGGCUCCGAUAUAGCGUUCCUAUGGCUACGGAUGGUUCCUGGAGGACAGAUCUGGCACGCGUCCCUUGAUCAGGCUCAAAUAGAGAAAUGGUGAUGUUUCCGACUGCUUCUUAGCGCCGAUUGGUGUUCCUAGGUUCCGGUGGUGCCAUUGAUCCCAUGGCAUGUUCUAGAUCGCCUAUUGGGGAGGAUUGACGUUGUCGACGACUUCAUGUUGGUUGCGUAGUCACUCUCUUUUCUGUUUGUUGAUUAUUUUUGUUUGUUUUAGUUGUCUUUGAUUUUGCGACAGUUCUUAAUUUCUUAUUGAUGUGUUUGUGCUCCGAGAUUAUGUAGGGAAGAAAGUGCUUUUUUAUCUGUAAAUUUUGGAAUAUUGAUUUAAUGUUGGGUGAAAUUAUUGAAGUUUGUUUCCUGUAUUAGGGUUACUGUUUAUGAAGCUUUUCAUUUACAAGAACCAUGUGAAUUCAUGAGAACGAAAAACUGGAAACCUGCAAUGACUGCAUUAAGAUCCUAGCGUUAGAAAUUCAUUAAAAUGUUGGCAAGGAUGCAGGUUUCCUUUGUCUGUCUGCAUUUUCCUGACACCGAAUCUUGUUUUCAUGUGUUUGUGUUUACUUCUAAGAAUUUGUUUGUUUUAUUUUUGUUUAUCCUUUAAUUGUUUGAUAGCCAAGAACUAUGUGGAUUUUGAAAAGAGCAUGGAAUUUGAUUGCCCACUUGCCUUUAUUUUCCC